AUGGCUUUUCAUACAAAUUCAUUUCUUCUCUUAUUACUACUACUAGUCAUUAUGUCCUUCAACUUAGCUGCCUUUGCUGCUCCGUUAACAUUCAACGUUGUCGAUUUCGGAGCUAAACCCGACAAUGCCAAAACCGACUCGUCUAAGGCCUUCCUAUUAGCAUGGACGCGUGCUUGUAGCUCUUCUAUACCAACAUCCAUUUAUGUGCCUAAGGCCAAAUUCUACGUUCGUAGUGCAACUUUUAAUGGACCAUGCAAGAAUAAUGCCAUUACUAUACGUAUUGAUGGCACUCUUGUGGCUUCCUCAGACUUUCAUCUCAAUGUCAAAUCUGAACAUUGGAUCAUUUUUCACAACGUUAAUGGAGUUAAUGUCUUGGGUGGCGUUAUUGAUGGCCAAGGAAGUGGCCUUUGGGCUUGCAAAAAUUCUGGCAAAGUCUGUCCUCGUGGAGCCACGUCAUUGAAGUUUACCGAUUCCCAAAACAUAUUGGUUAGUGGAUUAGCUUCACUAAAUAGCCAAAUAUUUCACAUAGUAGUAAAUCAAUGCCAUAAUGUAAAAAUGCACGGACUAAAGGUCUCGGCCUCUAGUAAUAGUCCAAACACCGAUGGAAUUCACAUAGGGGGAUCAUCUUAUGUGACCAUCUCCAACUCCAAAAUCGGCACCGGUGAUGAUUGUAUCUCAAUAGGUCCUGGAACCUCCAAUUUAUGGAUUGAAAAUAUUGCUUGUGGACCUGGCCAUGGAAUUAGCAUUGGGAGCUUAGGAAAAGAGUUGAAGGAGAAUGGGGUUGAGAACGUGACGGUAAAAUCAUGUGGAUUUAUUAACACUCAAAAUGGGGUGAGAAUAAAAAGUUGGGGAAGGCCAAGUAGUGGGUUUGCAAGAAACAUUAUUUUUCAACAUAUCACAAUGACUAAUGUCCAAAAUCCUAUCAUCAUCGAUCAAAAUUAUUGUCCCCAUAAUCAAGGUUGUCCUGGACAGGAUUCUGGAAUUAAAAUUAGCGACGUGACAUACGAAGACAUUCACGGGACAUCGGCCACGCCGGUGGGCAUCAAAUUCGAUUGCAGUCCAAAAUAUCCAUGCAAAGGAAUAAGGUUGGAAGAUGUUAAGCUGAGUUACAAGAAUCAAGUAGCCAAAGCUUCAUGUAGUAAUGCUCAAGGAUUAGAUGUUGGCUUGGUUCAUUCCAUGGGUUGCUUUUAG